CCAGCCCCACUGGCCCCCACCUCUUGAAUGGGACCCUUCAGCAGACUCAGCCAGGUUGGCAGGUUGCAUGGAGGGUCUAGGUCUCCCUACACUGGCCUCUCCCUCUCACUGUUCUGCACCAUCUCCUCUGCGUCUGUCAAUAAGUCCAUCUCUCACAGCCCACCUUUGGAUCCUGCCACUCCUUUGCUCUGAAGUCCUCCAUGGCUCCCUAUGGCCAAGCUCUGGGGCCAGUUAAUUAAGGUGCUGCAUGGUGGGCCUAGAGCAGAGGCAGGGCCCUCACACCCAGGAGCCUUUGCUUUCAUGGUUCUGCACCUUUAUGCUGUGGCCUUCUCUCUGCCCUCCUCUGCCUGUCCUUCAUGCCCAGCAGAAAGCUUUCCGGUACCCCCUGCUUCCCCAGCCCUCUCCUUGCUUAUAUAGCCCCACUGGGUGACAGGAAGCCCUGAGCCACAGUCUUGAGGACAGGACUGGGUCCCUCUGACAAUAUAUCCCUGACUCCAGAGACUGUGAUGUCUCUGAGCAGAGACUCGAUAGGGAAAGCGUUAGGUGAGAGCACCCCUAGAUGUUACUCUGGGCACUGGGGAGCCAUGGGAGGUGUUUGAGUAGCACAGUAAGCAGGCCAGAACUGGGUUUUGUGAGCAUCUGCUUCCCUUGGCAGUUCUUAGCCCUCUCUCCCAAUCCUCUAGGUUCCCCUCUGCAGAGGCCAGGCCAAGGGCAGGACAGGGCAUCCGCAGAUAGUUCAGGGGCUCCCCUUUGAGACAUCCUAGGCUCAUUGCUCAGUUCUGACGUGGGACAGUCAUGGCCUUGCUUCUGGGCACCUAUCCUGGAAAGGAUGGCACUGACCCUGCCCCUCUAAGGGCCAGUGCUGUCUACCUCUCACCUGUGCCCCAUCUAGGAGGCCCCAUGUCCGACACCCUGGCCAUGUGCUACCCUGAGGAGGGAGCCCUUCUGCGGCUGGAGGAGGUCUUCUCAGCCACCCUUGCCCGCAUCAACAGCCUCGUUCUCCAGCCCCUGCUCUCGGCUGGCCCGGAGCCCCCGGACGCCCGCGGCAGAGAGUGUCUGCAGCUCUUGCAGCAGCUGCACCGGAGCUCCCAGCAGCUCUGGGAGGUGACGGAGGAGAGCCUGCACUCGCUGCAGGAGAGGCUACGCCACCCUGACUCCGUCGGGCUGGAGACCCUGCUAUUGCUGCGUGGCGCUGACCAUGUCCUGCAGGUCCACAUGGAGUACAUCGAGUCCUACACGAGCUGCAUGGUGGUGCAGGCCUUUCGGAAGGCAGCAAAGAGGAGGAGUGAGUACUGGCGGGGCCAGCGGAAGGUGCUGCGGCAGCUCCUGUUGGACGUGAGCUCGGAGGGCGCAACGGGCCCUGUGCUGGUCCAGGCCCUCCACCAGCCGCUUGCCCGCCAUGUGCAGCAGUACGUGCUCCUCCUGCUGAGCCUUGGGGACACCAUUGAGGAGCAUCACCCUGCCCGGGAGCUGGUGGUGCAUGCAGCCACCCUCUUUGGGAACUUACAGUCCUUCAUGAGGCAGGCGCUGGACCAGGCAGUGGCCACACAGGCUCUCUGGGCCACCCUGAGCAGCCGGCUGAGGGAUGUGCUCUGCAGCCCUGCUCACCGGCUCCUGCAGGACAGCCAGGAUGUGGCGGUGAUGGUCUCCCCGCUGCGGGCAGAACGUGUGCUGCUCUUUGAUGACGCCCUUGUCCUGCUGCAGGGCCACCACGCCCACACCUUUGACCUGAAGCUGGUGUGGGUGGAUCCUGGGCAGGACGGGUGCACGUUUCAAGUUCUUACACCUGAAGAAGAGUUCUCCUUUUGUGCCAAGGACCCCCAGGGCCAGGUGGUCUGGCAGUGGAAGGUGACCCAGGCCGUGCGCCAAGCCCUGCGCGGGAAGAAGGACUUCCCAGUGUUGGGGGCGGGCCCGGAGCCGCCCGAGCCCCCCGCCUGCCGCUGCUUAGCGUACACCUUCCAUGUGGAGGGCCGGCUCUGCCAGGCCACCUACGAGGGCGAGUGGUGCCAGGGCAGGCCCCAUGGCAAGGGCACUCUGAAGUGGCCGGAUGGGCAGAAUCAUGUGGGGGAUUUCUGCCAGGGCCUGGAGCAUGGCUUUGGCAUCCGCCUGGUACCCCAGGCCACUGAGGACAAGUUCGACUGUUACAAGUGCCACUGGCGGGAAGGCAGCAUGUGUGGCUACGGCAUCUGUGAGUACAGCACCAAUGAGGUGUACAAGGGCUACUUCCAGGCAGGCCUGCGGCAUGGAUUUGGUGUCCUUGAGGGUGCCCCGCACACCCCGCUGCCCUACAAGUACACGGGCCACUGGGAGCGGGGUCAGAGGAGUGGCUAUGGCAUCGGGGAGGAUGGAGACAGGGGCGAGCGCUAUAUCGGCAUGUGGCAGGCUGACCAGCGCCAUGGCCUGGGGGUUGUGGUCACCCAGGCAGGUGUCUGCUACCAGGGCUUCUUCCAGGCGGACAAGAUGGUGGGCCCAGGGGUCCUCCUCUCUGAAGAUGACUCCCUUUAUGAAGGCACUUUUACCAGGGACCUAAGCCUCGUGGGGAAGGGCAAGGUCACUUUCCCCAAUGGCUUCACCCUGGAGGGCUCCUUCAGCAGUGGGGCAGGGAGUGGACUGCAGACACAGGGUGUGCUGGACACAGCUGCCCUCCCGCCGGACCCGAGCAGCACCCGUAAGCGGCAGCUGGGCCUGGGCGCCUUCCCUGUGGGGAGCCGCUGGCAGGGUGUGUACGGCCCUUUCCGGGAUUUUGUGCGUGCCGGCUGCCCCGGGGACCUGCAGGAGGCCCUGCUGGGCUUCCACACACAGAGCUCCAGGAUGCUGCGAAAGUCCCAGGAGUACCUGUGUUGCGAGAGGGCCCACCCCGAGGACAGCAGGGACAGUAUCGAAGAUAUCCUGGAGGAGCUACUGAGGCACCGGAAGCCCGAGGCCCUGCAGCAAUACCUCAGGAAGGCUCUGAGCAACUCACUGCACCCCCUGGGAAAGCUGCUCCGCACACUGCUGCUGACCUUCCAGGCCACGUACGCAGGCAUUGGGGCCAACAAGCACUUGCAGGGGUUGGCCCAGGAGGAGGUGAAACAGCAUGCCCAGGAACUCUGGGCUGCUUACAGGGGUCUACUGCAGAUUGCCUUACAGCGAAAGGGUCAGGCCCUGGAGGAGGAGGAAGAGGCAGAAACCAGGGACCUGCAGGUGCAUGGACUGGUCCUGCCUCUCAUGCUGUCCAGCUUCUACCCGGAGCUCUUCACUCUCUACCUGCUUCUUCAUGAGCGGGAGGACAGUCUCUACAGCCAGGGAAUCACCAACCUGAGCUUCUUCCCGGACACCAAGCUGCUCGAAUUCCUGGAUGUGCAGAAGCACCUGUGGCCCCUCAAGGACCUCACACUGACGACCAAUCAGAGAUACUCCCUGGUCAGAGACAAGUGCUUCCUGUCAGCCACUGAGUGCCUGCAGAAGAUCAUCACCACGGUGGACCCGAGGGAGAAGCUGGAGGCGCUGGAGAGGACAUACGGGGAAAUUGAGGCCACUGUGUCACGGGUGCUGGGCCGGGAGCACAAGCUGCCCAUGGACGACCUACUGCCGCUGCUCAUCUAUGUGGUGUCGCGGGCCCGGAUCCAGCAUCUGGGAGCUGAGAUCCACCUGAUCCGGGACAUGAUGGACCCCAUGAACACGGGGGGUCUGUAUGACUUCCUGCUUACAGCCCUGGAGUCCUGCUAUGAGCACAUCCAGAAGGAAGACAUGAGGCUGCACCACUUGCCCAGCCGCUGGGACUCCAGGGAUCCCUGGUAGCUCGGCCUCUCCCAGACAGACUGCAGGGCUGAGAAGGGCACACUGGACUCCCUGUGAGAGCAAGCAUGGCUGUGCCGGCCCUACACUGCCCAAGGGGCAGAGGGAAGGACAGGCCCUUGGAGGCGGCUCUUGGAGGGGAUGCCCUGAGUGCGGGUGAGGGGUGAUGGGCGUGGCCAGGUGAUUUGCUCAUCUCCCUUACCCUGUUGCUCUCUAGGCCACUAGUCCCUUGACCUGCAGCAGCUCACAGGUUGGGAGUGAGGAGCCCUUGGCUUUUCCUAGCCCAAGGUUUGCUCCCAAGUAACUGAGCCUCUCAGGGCUUCAGCUAUCAUCUGCUCAAUGGUGGACUGGAGGUUUAUAGUUUUAGACUCUGUAUCCAUCUUGCUGAAUUCUGGAGUUCUUCCAGAAGUCUGGCCUCAGCCUUUUGUGCUGUAACUGAAAUUUUCAUGUCACCGUUGGUCUUGUUCCCUGUUUCUCCAUCCCUGGUCAGAAGGUUCCAGGCUGCUCACCACCACCCUAUUGAUCCUGUCUAUCUCCCAUGAAUGAUCUCCCGGGCACCUCUCUCCCUCCCACCCUGCCGCAUGGCCAUGCUGCCCUCCCAGGGCUGCACGGCAGGAAGAGCUCUCUCCACCCUGACCUGUGGGGUGACCUGUAGUUGAGGGGCUGGGUUGUGGGGGUCCCUGAACUGCUGUUCACUUAUCUAUCAUGUAAAUGGUGGUGCUGGAGCAGGUAGGAGGGGAAUAAAACCACAUUGCUUGACUUGUUGUCUGCAAGCCCUGUGACCUUUGCGUGCCUGCGUGUGGGAGGGGCAGCCAGUGCCUACAAGCUUACCCAGGACCAAUUUGUAUCUCUGGCUCAGGACCCUGCGUGGUGAGGACAAAGGCCAAUGGGAGCUUAGAUGCCUUGGGAGGGGAGGAUUUUAUUGAAAUAGUGGUUCUAGCAUGGGGUUGACAAGCUCAGGAGCUGGGUCCUGGGGCAGCUUCAUCUCUAUGGGACCUCAGUUUCUCCUGUCCACUCCAAGGGGCCUGGGCUAGGUGAACUGUAGGGGCUCCUUCUGGCCCAAUAGGAGAUGUGACAAUAGGCAGCGUGCCAGUGUUCUGAAGUGAUUCAGGGGACGGAGUGUGGAGAGAGGGUGGGCUUGCAGGGGCAUGGUGGUGCUGCAGAAGGGGUCCUCAAGGACAAGCUGGGCCUGUCUGCUAGGCCUACUCCUGCCAUGUGAGGCCAAGGCUGACUCCUGACUGGUGGAGCCUCAGGUGGCACUUACGAGCUACGGAGAUGGUAUGAGCCCGUGGGCGGAUGGGAGAGAUCCAGGAGCCUCCUGGUGCUGCUGCCUCCUGAGCAUUGGGCAAGACUUGCUCUUUCUAGUUCCAUCAAAUGUGGAGUCCCCACGAAGAUCCUCAGAAAGGGCUUGAACUAAUAAAGAGCAAGUAUAUCCAGGACGCCACGGGUGUUCACGUUUACCCAAGUCUUUGGCAACUCAUUGGAAUGCUAAUC